AUUGAAAUCAUUGACUUGUCGGUGUAUGAAAAAUACUGUAUAGCGACAUCAAUUUUAAAUAUACGGUGAAGUAUGUUAGAAGUAAAUUUAAACACUUUUCACGUUAAAAUCAAAGCUAAGUAUUAAGUAUGUGUAAUAGUACUGAAUAAUCACUAACGACGACAGUGCUUGUUUAAGACUAGUGCUACUAGUACCACUAAUAUUGCACGUAGUGAAGAGUGGGAACCACGAUUUGAUAACAGAAAAAUAAAGAUAAAAUAUACUGCUUUCAACAAUUUUUAGAGUCUUAUCAUGAGUGAAUUUAAUGUUCAACUUUUCGGCCAUAGACAUACGUCAUUUUCAGAUACAAUGUUGUGGAGUAAACUCGUUUAUUAUUAAUAAUAAUAUUAUAAAAAUAGAAGAUUCAUUGAGACUAAGAAUGUUGAACUUGAAAGCAGUUUCAAUUUGGUUGUUCUUCAACUGAUUUAUGCAGCAGUUCUAAAUCUGUGGUCUGUGGAAAGAUUGUGUAAUUAUGGAAAGGCAGAAGCAGCGUGAUGUAUAGAUCCCACUGAAGGCCACUGAGGUUUAAAAAUAUGUGAACAAAUAAAGUUUGAGAACCAUUGUUCUGAAGUGUAAUAUUGCUAUUCAAAGCUUGGUGAAGAAAACGAAAAGGCCAGUUGUGUCACAGAAAGUGCAAUUAUUCCAGUUUUUAUGUAAUUAGUGUAUUUUCCUCAAAAUAAGUCAUGCAUGUGGUAUGAACUUAAUAAUGGAUGUUUCUGAGUAUCGGUGAAUUGAACCAACUCUGUUAAUUCUUGAUUUAUUCACCAAUAUCAAAAUUUUAGGCAUCAAAGAAUUAGUCUUGAAAUCUAUGUAUCAAAAUAUUUUUCUAGGGGGAUUUCUGUGGAGAGUAAAUGAAUCACAAAAAAACAAAAAGUUUAUAGCAUAAAGAGAAUUCAUGGUUGUUUUUGAUACAGCUAGAAAAUGAGCUGGUUCAACACAGUCAGUUUUGUUGGUUUUGCUAAAUCAGCAUUAUCUUCUGCACAAAAGAAAAUAGAUAAGGCUUUGGAUAUUCAAGAAGAAUCAGAAGGUAGUCACAGAAAAACAACAGAUUCAGCCAAACAGGAUUCAUGGUCAUUCCAGGAACAACCAAAGACAAAUCUAUUAGCUGUUGGACAAAACACCCAACCAAAGAAGCUAGAAGAUUUACAGACAGAAACUACAAUGUUGGACCCUUUGGAAGAAUUAAAAUACAAUGAAACAUAUGAUAAGGAAAAUUCAAAAUUUUGGUCUGACUGGGGAUUGUUUUUUGAUUCUAAGGAAACACCAGGCUCAUUUGAAAGUAUUGAGAAUCUUACCGCAGGAUCUACAGCAAAAUAUAUUGGUGAUACAGUAGUUCAACAACCACAAACAUCACAGGUUUUGCAAAAGAAAGAAGAUAACAUGUCAGCAUUGGCAUUGUUUACUACUGAAAAUAAGGACACUAAUGAUCAGGUCAAAUUUGAUAGUGAAGUAGCUAAUAGUUUGUCAAUUUAUUCUGACAAAAGUGAAAACUUCAUGAAUCAGAAUAAUGACCAAAAAAAUGUUGGUUUUUCUUCUAAGAAAGUUCUUGAAAUUGAUUCGAUAAUGUUUAAUAUAGAGAAAGUAGCACAAAAAGAAGACCAUUUUCAGACUAAAUUGUAUGAACCUCAAGGUACAAGUACAGAAUGUAUUGUUGAUAGGGGUGAAUACUUACAUAAGGAAAGCAAAGACAGGGAAAAUGUGGAAGAGACACUAUAUUAUUGCAGUCAAAGAACAGAUGAUACUUCUCAGAAAAAAGACUUUAAAAACUUUGAGUUUCAGAAUGCCGAAAUAAGUAGAAAAGAUAGAAUUCUUAUUUGUGAUGAAGAGUUUGAUCCACUUCAUAAACAAUUUGAGUUACCAGUAACACAGAAUGAUUCAAGUGACUCAGAAACCUUGACUGGUAGUGACCUUAUGGCUCACUCCACAGAGGAAAAAAGCUUAGAAACUUUCAAUCUUGAAGAUUUUGAAGAAAAGAAACUAGAAAGUAUUACAGAUAUGCUGCAUAAUAAUACAUCACCAAAAAAUAGAAUAAAAGAAAAUAUUUCAGAUACUGAAACAGAUUGGCAGCAUAAUAGGAAACACAUAUUUUUUGUAGAAAAUAAAGAGUUUGUUGUCAGUGAUAAUAUGAGCACUGAAGAUGAAAUGUUUCAUCAGGAAAUGGCUCAAGAAGAUGUAAAAACUAUUUUAGAGCAGGAACAAACUGAUUUUCAACAUCAACACCUGGCUUCUAGUUGCAACCCCAAUACAUUAGAAGAAAAGCAACUAGAGUGUAAACAAAAACUAACUGAAGAGGAAGCAAAUGUUCAAAAAAGCAAUGAAAUAGUUAGUAAAAAAGACAGAUUAUGUGACUCACAAACUAAUACAGAGAGUAGUCUCUCAAACAAAACUGUAAUUUCAACAAUGCAGCAUGAUAGAAGUUUGGAUAUCCCUUUGUUCACAGAGUUACCUGUUAGUUCUUGUGAUUCUCAAGCAUUAUCCAGAGAUCAGGAAAACACGCCCAUGGAAAUUAAUAUUCAAAAUUCUUCAGAUGAAUGGGAGGAAAAACAAAAUAUGGAAACAUCUCAAUCUGAGUAUUUUGGUGAACUCUGUCAGUGUUUUAGUGUAGAAAAGCAAGAAAUACGAGUUAGUAGUGAAGAAGAUGAACCAAGAGAUGCAAAAGACUGGGAGGCUAGAUCUUCAGAUAGUGUUGGUUCACAUGAAACAAGCUCUUCAAGCUCUUUUGUGAAAUGUGUGAUGGAUGACAUAGAUAAUACGUCAUCACUACCAAGUACACAGGGAAAUUCUGGAUCUCUAUCUGAACGAUCAGAACUUCAAAAACUUGACUUCAACAGUGGACAUACAUCUGGUGAUGAAGUUGAGACAACCACAUCAUCAGAUAUUGAAAUAAUUUCACCAAAUGGAGAUAAUGGAGAAUACCAUCGUUUAUCUCCUUUGAAACACAUGUGGACUUUGCGUCCAAAUAACAAAAGUAGAUCAUCUGAAAGUCCAUCCUCUGAUACUGGCAGAGAAGGAAUAAUGCCUGCUGUUCAGGAAACAGAAGAAGAGAGUGAUCUAGAUGGUGAGAACAUCAGAAAAACACCAGAUUCUAACACAGUAGCCAUGGACAGCAUGCUGAAGAGGAUGACAGAGAUCGAAGAAGUUUUGAAUCAGAGAGAGAAAAAAAUAUUAGAACUAAGUAGAGAAAAUAUUAAACUGCAAGAGAGCAAUAGCUCUCUGUUGAAUGAACUCAGUCAAGUAAAGGAAGCUUACAGCAAUGAAAGCAGAGGGGUAUCUGGCCUGACCCAAGAGUUCACACAGCGGCUUGCUGAUUUAGACACUAAGCUUCAGAAUGCUACAAAGGAAAGAGAUAAACUCUUUCAAGACUUAGAAACUGCAAAAAGUGAAGCCGCUAGUCGUCUGAGUGUUAAAGAAACUGAAAAGAUCCUUCAAGAUAAAGACCAGCAGAUUAGAGAAUUGUUACAAGAAGGAGAAAAACUUUCUAAACAACAGCUCCAGCAAUCUAACAUUAUUAAAAAACUGAGGGUCAAAGAAAAAGAAAAUGAUGGAAUUAUUAAAUCACAGAAAGAAACACUUGAAGGUCAAACCAAAGAGCUAGAUCGAUUGAGAAAAUCUUUAAGUGCUAAAGAUGAACAGGAGAAAAUACAUAUUGAAAUUAUUCGACAACUCAAAUCUACUGUUCAAAAACAAGAGACUGAAGUAUCAACAUUAAAAAGUGACUUGGAAGAUGCCCAUGAAAAAGUUGUAAGUUUAAAUAAAGCUUUACAAGCAUCUUCAAAGGAACUGGCUGAAUUGUUAAGAGCUAAUGCAGAAAAAGAUAGCAAAGUUCAAGAAGCAUUGUUGAGUGCUGAAAUAGCAGCUAAAGAAGAACUGCGUCAAACUUUAGAACAUGUGAAGCAAGAGUAUAGUAGAGAAAGGGAAACUUUGCAAUUUCAGCUACUAGAAACAAGAUCUAUGACUAGUCAACUUGAACAGGAAAGCCAACAUCAAGUAGGAACACUUCAGACAGAAAUAGCUGAGUUGCGGUAUAGAUUACAAGAGGCAGAUCAGCGUACUGAAGAUGCUAAUCAGAAUAUAUCAUCAGCAACAAGACCUCUGUUAAGACAAGUAGAAAAUUUACAGUCAACCUUACGAAUGCAGGCUAUGUCUUUUGAAAGGUUGGAGAAAAACCUAAAUGAAAAACUCAUCGAAUCUCAAAAAGAACUGAUGUUAGCGAAAGAAUCUGAGAAAACAGCUAAAGAAACAUGCAAAGAAUUGAAAUCAAAGACCAACUCUUUGCUGUCUGAAAAUCUUCUUUUAAAACAGGAGGUGUACACUUUAACUAAACAAGUUGAAGAUAAUUCUAAAAAACUUGCAAAUAUUGAACUUGAGAAAGAAAAAUCUGUUAGCAGCAAUGCUUAUCUUAAGAACACCUUAGAGAAGAAGCUAUCAGACUUGCAAAAGGAGAAGGAGAAUUUGGAAGCACAAACAGUAUUAUUACAGCAGCAGUUAGACACUGAAAAAAGACAGGCAGAAGUUUUAAAAGACCAGAUGAAAUGUUCAUCUGGGGCUGUUAGUAGAACCAGUAGUCGCCACUCAACUUCACCUUCUUCUCAUCAUUUAUCCUUCAGCAACUCUUUGAACCAGUGGGAGCCUGACCUAGUGGAGCCAAGUGAGCAUUUUGGAUGGGGCUCUUAUUCUAGUUCAACUGCUUUUAACCACUUUUCUAAAACCAGUGAUGCAACUUUUUUGGAAAACUUGCAAUCUCAGCUAAAGCAAAAAGAAAGUCAGUUAGGCCUUCUGCAGUCUCAAAUUGAGCACCUGGAACAAGUGAAAGAAUCCAUGACUCAGGAACUAGUGAAUUUAAAUGAAAAAAUUGACCAUCAAGACAGUGAAUUAUGUGUCCUUAAAGACUUGCAGUCAGAGUUCCAAGAUAUGGAGCAGAAAUACAACACACUUCUUCAAAUGUAUGGGGAAAAAGUGGAAGAAGCUGAAGAACUAAAGCUAGAUCUAGAAGAUGUAAAAUUGGCUUUCCGUAACCAGUUGGAUGCUUUAACUAGGGAAAAUUAGUUCAGCAUGGUUUUAAAAUACACAAUAAAUAAAGUGACUGGCACUGAAAUAUUGUCUUAUUCAGCUCAUAAUUAUCUAGUAAUUUAUUUUAAAUGAAAAAUUAUUAAUAUACAGCAUAUAUAUAUUUUUUUGUCAAUAAACAUAAUUUUCACUUCAUCCACUAAAUGGGUUGUACAGUACAAUGUAUAUUUACAAGUAAUUUGUGAAUCAAAUUGAUAUAACAUAUGUUAUACAUAGUGUGUUACUUUGCCAUUAUUAAUGUUUUCCCCUUUAUUUUUGAAAUAUAUAUAUAUAUUUCAGAGAUAAAGGGGAAACAUUAAUAAUGGCAAAGUAACACACUAUGCAUGACAAGUUUGUAUAUGUGUAUAUGUUUUAGAACUGUUUAAGAGAUAUGUACUUUGAAAGAAUAGUAUUCUAAUUUGGUGUUAAGGUUUACUUAAUUUUUUUGUUGGUUGGUUAAAUAAUUGGCUUGAAGUUUAUAAAGAAUAUUUUAAAAUUAGCAAUUUUUAUGCACCUCUAUAAAUCUUCUGGUGGGUCUUUUUUGUGCUGUUGGAUUCAUUAAAGUAGGAAAAUAAGAAAAUACUAAUCGAAAUAUCUCUGAUAACUUUUUGUGGUUACUUCAUGCUUAGUAUAAAAACAGUUUAUUUUGAACAUUUUAUGGCAAGUAAUAUAGUUGUAUGUUUCUUGCAUCAAAUAACCCACAUGUAUGUAUAGAAUAGGGCAAAAAGUUUAUUUACCAUUUUUUUUCCACCAGUUUUUAGUGAGAAGAAUAUUAUUCAAGGAUUGGGGUAUCUUUUAUAAUAGCCCACUUCUUUGAAUUAGGCGAGUUUUGACAGAAACAACCCCCAGUCAUUAACUAGGGACCAAAUUGAAGCAACCUACAUUAAUCAAUCAGUUUCAAGCUGUGGCUUUCAUUAAUAUGAAAGAUGUUUUUGUUGUUUUUUCUUUUUCACCAUUUGUUACAACAUUACAUUUAAGGUAUAUAAUGUUUGUUUAAUCAUUUUGUUUGUAAGUUAUGCAAAUUAUCCUAAUGUGGAAUCUUUGGUUCAUUUUUAAAUUUAUUAAAUACUUGUGUUACUUUUAAAA